CAAAGAAAUGUCAGGCAAAUUGAAGACGAACUUCGUUUCUGGCUGUCGUGAAUGAUCUGGUGGACAUCUUAAGUUCAUGCAGACACGUGCCUGCCACUACUGUCAGAGAGUUUUUUGCAUCCGUGUUUCAUUGGAACCGAACAGUGACUGGACGAGGCAAGCUAACGCCAAAAAAGCUAACUAGUGUGCUAAAUAGGCUAACAGCAUGGAAGGACUGGAUGAGGUCACAGUGUCGGUUUUAAUGGCUGCAAACAUCAGCGAGGGAAUGAUGGGCACCCUGUCUCGUGAAGACUUGCAGGAUCUUUUCCCAGGCCCAGAGAACUUUUUACGGAGAAAAGCUGUCUGGCGUGCCUGUCAGGAUGUACUGGAGGAAUCUGGCCAAGAUGACUCAAAGUCUUCAAGCAGCUCCUCCAUUAAUGAGUCACCCAAGCAACAGACAUCCACUACUGUAAAUGCAACUCCUGCAAAAUGCACAAGCCCUGAAAAGGUUGUGAAGUUAUUCUAUCCAGAAUAUGUAUUGCACACUGACACUGAGCUUGAGCAAGUCCGCCAACAAUACUUUGAGUGUUCAAAGAAAGGUGAGGAGUGCAGCUGCAAAAUGUCAAAGGAGCUCAGAUGUCGGCUCAUCCGAAACACCAUGACUAGUAUGAUUGCAAUCCUGAGGGCAAAAGGGGAUGGAGAAUCGCAUAGAUACCCAUCAAAACCAGAAAUUACAGCAAUGGCAAAGAGAAUAGUACAGUACUACCCUAUGCUACAGGACCAAGGCAUCAAGAAUACAUGGGUUACCGUGUACACACAGCUAAACAAAAGACUGCAAAAUGUGAGAUCCCCCCAAAAAGCCACUCCAGAUGGGAGACAUUCAAAGAGCUCUGCCAAGAGGCGACGUCUUGAUCAGCCAAGUGACGUAGAAGAAAUGGAUUCAAGUGACUCAACAAUCAUUCUGGAUCUGUCCACAGAAGGGAGGAGCAGCCCAGAGUCGGCCAGUAAAACAAGUGAGUUAGAAGGAAAAAGGAAAGCACAAAACCUACUUGAAGAAGAACCCUCUACCCUGCCAAGUCCUAAUACAAACAAGCCUGCAGAUAUCAACAGUCCAGACACCCACUGUCCAGCAACCUUGGCCAAACACUACAAGACCCUACAAACUUUGUUUAAAAGAAAAAACCCAAACCACCAGGAUGUCUCUCAGCUCCUGGAUUUGGAAUUUUCAGCCAGAAGAGCAUUCAUUGAUUCAAAUACUAUUCGCGAGGAGGACAGACACAAAAAGGUUCUAGAAGCAUAUCCUUGCUUCAAGGACAUUGGACAUGUGAUGGAGGAGCUUCAUCGCAUUUUGGAUAAAGAAAAUGCCAACUUCAUCAAUGAACUGAAGGGAAGAUGGCAAGAUUUCUGCCAGAAGGUGCAGUUUUUUGGUGUAUGGAAAAAGACGCUGAAGCCCCCAAUGGGAAUGGAUAAAGCUGAACAGGCUCUUGAGGUCCUGCGUGUGCUGCCAUCACUGUUCCCAUCCACCUCUGCUCCUCCAAAGAGGGCACGGGAUGCGAGUGAGGCUCUGGUGCAUGUCCUUGAGGACCAAGAAGACCCUAAUACCUAUUUGAUGAAACGUCCUCUCUCCUGCCCAGUCCUGAUCGUGAGUCCGUCCAACUGCAUCCUAGCGGUAGGAGAUGUGCCAAUAACCACGUUUCCAAAAGACGAGGUUACGGAGGGUGCUUUAUACCUUAUGGCCUACUAUUAUACCCUACACCUUACAUACCCAAAGUGUGUAGCCACUCUUCUUUCCGUCAUACAGACGGAGGUUCUCUUGGACAAAAUCCAUGAGCGAGAUCUCACAUCAUCUUACAAGAAGAGCAUGGCUGACUGGAAUGCUUUUAUUGGCCAGUAGAGCCAGUGUGGUUAAGAUGUGGACUAUAGGAAAGCACUUCUUCUCUCCUUCCAAGGCCAUGUUGGUUGCGAUUGAUUUUUGUUUGGAAAUUGGCCAGGUUAGCCCAGUUUUAUAGUUAAGGAUGCACGAUAAUAUCGGCGAACAUGCCGACAUUUUAUGUUUGGUUUGCCUAGCUUUUAGUUGAUUUUAAAGGGUUUGUUUUUUUUUUGUUUUGUUUUUUUAAUGUUGAGUUUAGGCUACAGUGUAUUCAGCAGAUAGGCUCUGUGCAUCCUUAAUGAUAAUUUUACAAUGGUAUUGUUUGAAGAAUGUUGUCAAAUGUCCAUGUUAAUAUAGUCCAGGACCUUUAAUUUAAAUGAUAAAAACACUUUGUAUUAAUAACAAAUGUUACAGGUUGAGCAGUUUUAGUAUGCCUAGCAGUGUGUUUGUCUGUGCUUUGAAUUGUGCCUGUGCAAUGCACAGAUUUUAGCAGUGUAUUAAGGGCCAGAUUGGGCAGAACAAAAAGUCACUGCAAAAUGGCUUCUUUAAUGCAGUCCUCUCUGUUUAUGGGGCUUUACCAAUAAAGUUGCUGCUCUGCAAA